AUGUCAGGCGCUUAUUUGAGAAAUGAUGGAUAUCAUCCAGUUGAUGGAAAUGUUUUCGAAUCUUUCAAGAAAAUGAAUGAGAUUUUCUCUGCAAAUGAUGGUCGUCGUUAUUAUCGUGAGUUAGAAAAUACUUGCUAUGAUAGUGAUGCUCCAUAUGAUCAUGAAAAACAAACACAUAUGAGAUUAUCAAAAUCUGAACAUGAUAUUAACUGUUUAGGUGAAGCUUAUUUCAAACGUCAUGUGUCAAUAGAAAUACAGUAUAGUAACGGUAAUUCUAAAGAUGAAGUGACGUUUACUAAUCAAGAAUUACCCGUAUUCGAUGACGCAGAACACGGUGGUAAAGCACAAGAAUACGCGGCUACAAAAGUCAUGAAUAUAAACAGAAUAUUUAUUGGAUUUAAGUCAAGUAAUCAAAUAUUUAGACAAUUAGAAGUUGAAACAGAUAGAGGUGAUACAGGAUACUUACAAAUGGAAAUGGUUAAAGAAGGUUUUGCAUAUGCUACAUAUAAACCAAAGUCAGAAAGAAAGACAAAGAAGUUUGUACAUUCAUUGUAUAAUAAUGUUCAGAAAAUGGAUAAUUCAGUAUGCGGAUGUUAUUUUAACCCGAAUGAUGGAAAAUGGGAUCCAGAGAAAAAAACUCGUACAAUUGAAUUUGAUAUGAUUAUACCAUUAAAUGAUUUAUUAGCAUUCCAAGCAUUUGAUGAUUAUCCAAAGAGUUUUGGUGAUAUUAUAUUGAAAUAUUAUAACACACCUCAUUCAUUGGUUUAUUGUCAAGUUGAUCCUGCAAGAGUUAGUGAUAUUCUUAAUGUUUGUUAUGAAGAAUUACAUGAUAACGAUUAUGGAUUAGCAAUGUCAACCAAAUUUGACUAUACACGUGAAUUUGAACAAAUUGGACAACCAACAAAUCGAAUUACUUCAAUCACGAAAAAAAACGCGACUGAGUUAACAGUCAAAACACAAUCUGUUAACAUUCAAGUUGUAGGUAUGAGAAUUACAGAAGAUAAAUUUAUCGUUCCGGGAUAUGGUGUUAUUGAAUCAACAGCGAGAGCAAUUCCGACAUUAUUCAAUCGUCGAGAUCCAUUUAUGAUUCCAGCACAGCAAAUUGAUGUAAGAACAUUGAACCAGGGAUGUGUUACAAAUUCCGGAAUUGUUUCCGAUUUCACAUAUGCUUUACAUAAUGUCACAGAUAUUGUUGCUGUAUUCCCAAUGCGACAAGCUCAGAGAACAGUAUUUAGGAAUCCUAUGGUUAGAAACUUACAAAUCACAAUCGAUGGAAGAAACUUCCCAGACAAUGCAAUGAGCACUGUUGGAGAUAUAUUCUUCACAAGAAUGUUGCAAGCAAGUGAUUUAGAUGGAGUUAAUGAAUGUACUGAAGAAUAUGAAGAUAGUUUAACUAGAGAUAGAUGUAAUGACAAGAAAAAGAUUAAACCAUGGAAAGAUCAAACGUCGUUUAUUUGCACAAUACCUGUUAUGAGAGAUGGUGGAAGUGUCUUCUUUGACGGUUUAGAAACAAAGAAUAACCAAGUUAGCAUCAGAUUACAAGCAAACCCAAUUCAUUCUAAUGCUGAAGCGGAUGUUUAUUGCACAAAGAAUCCUGAUCCACCUCAGAUAUGGUUUACUAGAACUACUUACUGGACUUGGAGUCCUGAAGAUGGUUUGAAAUACCAUGCUACAGGAACCCCAGCUAAAUACGCUUCACCAGCAGAUAAUGCUUAA